GGCGUGUCUUAUAGGAAAACUUUGCCGGCUCCCACUCGCACUCACUGUUGUAUCAUUUUGUUGAUCAGAGAAGAAUCUGUAGCCUCUGGAUUAUUAUCGAGAAAAUGUCUGACUAUCUCACAAUAGCAGAUCUAGGAGAUCUAUAUAUAGCUACGUUUGAUGCUCGAAUUAAGUGGCGAAACUUCUUGCUGGUUCUUAAAAUAUCUUCAGAUACAAUAGACAGCAUUGGUAAAGAAUGGAGCAACAAUCCUGAUGACUGCUAUCGUGAGGGUUUGAAAGAAUGGCUGAAAGGUGGGGAGAGAAGCUGGGAAAAUGUUGUCAAAGCUUUGUCCAGUCCUAUUGUGGGCCACGUUCACAUAGCUAGGACCAUCGAGAGAGAUCAUCUACAGUCUAGCAAUCCUACUGAUGUGAAGUCAGAGGUUGACCAAAAUCGCCAGAAGAUCGAUGAAUAUUUGACCGUUUUCCUAAACAAGCCACUCGGAAGUGGUGCAUUUGGAGCAGUCUUCAAAGGCAGCUACAGAGGCGAUCCUUGUGCUAUCAAACUAUUACAUCAAGUUGCUAUGGAGAUACAGACAAAUAUUCCUGCCACCAAAAGUGAAGAUGCUAGCGAUGCAAUUGAUCGUGAGAGUGAUUUUCUUAAGUUGUUCCAGCACCCAAAUGUUGUUCAGUUUUUGUCAACUGCCAAGCACCCCAAAUCAGGUGGUACAAUCCUCGUUGUUGAACUGAUGGAUUGCAAUCUCAGAUCCUAUUUCUCCGGCCUUGAUGAAGAGUCCCUCUCUAGCGAAUGUGAAAUUAGCCUAUCCAAAGACAUGGCUUGUGGUCUGGCCUACAUUCACAGCAAGCUGAUUAUCCACCGUGACCUAUGUGGCGAUAACGUCUUGUUGAAACUUACACGAUCAUUGCCUGUCGCAAAGAUUUCUGACUUUGGUAUGUCACGGCUAUACGAUCCCUCCAAGCUCAGCUCCACCCUCACAGCCAUUGGUCACCGUAGAGGGUAUCUACCUCCCGAGGCCUAUCGAUUGGAAGAGGAGAAAUAUGAUAGUAGCCUGGAUGUGUUUUCUUUUGGGGUGAUUUUGACGCAGAUUGUUUGCAAGUUGGAGACGAUCAAAUCAGCCAAGGAUCGAUCAUUCCAUGUUGCCCAGAUCCCUCACACACACAGGUUGAGGAAGCUUAUCGACAGCUGUUUGCAAGAAGACAUGAGGAGGAGACCAUCUGCCAUGGACAUAUAUUUUAUUUUAGAUGCUUCACUGACAAGAGACUCGGACCCAGUGGAGACAGCAAAGAGGGAGUCAAAGGACACUCAACCAGUCAAGAAGGCACACAGGGAACAGAUGGAGCACAAAGAUGCUGAGCUGGUCAGGAGAGACGCCAUCAUUCAACAACAGAGACAGGGUCCCCCUCCCAGAGAGUUGAGACCUCCACUCACUCUGAAAUGGAGAAGAGGAAAAGACUUGCCAAUCAAGAUGGGCUUCUCAGUACAGAGUGUUGUUAUCGGUGACACGGUGUAUGUUGGUGGAGGCAAUGCAGAUGAUGAUCGGGAUGUGUGUACAGUGAUGAAGCUCGAGCAAGAUCAAUGGACCAAACUACCAGAGUACACUGCCCGGUGGUUCACUAUGACAUCACUCGCUAAUCGACUAGUGCUGGUGGGAGGACUUGACACACGAAACAACAAACGAACCAAUCAAUUUUCUAUGUUUGAGUCAAGGGAAUGGACUCAUCCGUACCCACCAAUGAACAUUGCUCGUUCUUCCUCAACAGCUGUCUCCUUCAUCAACCACAUCAUUGUAGCUGGCGGGGAUGAUGAUAAAGGACCUACCUCCUCCGUGGAGGUGUUGGACGUGGCAUCAAGAAGAUGGUGCAUUGCUCAGUCACUACCUAACCCACGAUCAUCACUGAAAUCAACUCUCAUAGGAAACACCCUCUUCCUAAUGGGAGGGUUCGAUCACACUGAUUGGGCAACCAAGACAGUGCACCACGUCGACCUCAAUGAACUCAUUGCGAAGGCCCUUUCUAACCUGGACACACUCACUCUCUGGCAGACCUUACAAGAAGUACCACUCGUGUGGUCAGCUCCUCUCAGUAUUGGGAGGUCACUAUUAGCCAUUGGUGGACGGGACGACAGAGUCAACCCAAGUCCAUUGAUCCACCUCUACCAGCCUGAUACCAUGAGGUGGGUGAAAGUGGGAGACCUGCCUACUGCACGACACAGCUGCACAUGCUCAGUACUUCCUAGUGGAGAGGUCUUAGUAGCUGGAGGACAGACCAACCCAUAUCGUAAUAUUCAAACUGUGAACUUCCUGUCAAUAAGUUAAUUGGUUUCACUUUUAGUAUAACAAUAUUUAAUUUUCCAUGUUGAGAAAGCUUUUCAAUUGUAUUCAUUGUGUUGGGAUUGUGUAGUUAAUAUAAUAUUGUGCAAAAUAAACAAUGACAUGAGUUU